CUUGAAAAUUAACGGGCGGCGGUGGCGCGCGCCAGUGCGCGUGCGCCCCGGACCCCGCCAUGGAAGCCCGGCCUCCGGCGGCGUCCGGGAUGGAGACCCUGUCGUUCCCGCGCUUUAACGCGGCCGAGCUGGUCGGCUACAUCCGGAACCUCAUCCUCACGGGAGCCGACGGAAAAAACCUGUCCAAGACCGACCUCUAUCCCAACCCCAAGCCCGAGGUCCUGCAUACGAUCUUCAUGAGGGCCCUGCAGAUCGUCUACGGCAUCCGCCUGGACCACUUCUACAUGAUGCCGAUGAACGUGGAGAUCGUGUACCCCCAGAUCAUGGAGGGGUUCCUGCCCAUCUGUAGCCUGUUUAUCCACCUGGACUCCUUCCUCCCCAUCUGUCGCGUCAACGACUUCGAGAUCGCCGACGUCCUGUGCCCAAAGGGCAAACGGACCAGCCGCUUCCUCAGCGGCAUCAUCAACUUCAUCCACUUCCGAGAAACCCACCGGGAAACCUACCUGGAGCUGCUCUGGCGACACAAAUCCUCGCUGGACAAGAAGAAUCAGCUGGAGGCCGCCAACCGGGAGGCCGUGACGAAGCUGGAGACGUUGAAUUCGGUCCCGGCCGAGCAGCGCGCGGAGUUCCAGCACCUGUCGGACGACAUUCAGAAGCUGCAGCAGACGCUCAACCAGGAUUUCCGCCGGAAAACGGGAGGCUUGCAGGAAGUGAUAUCCCAGAAGAAGGCCGUUGUGGCGGAGAAGACUCGCCGCUUGAAUGAAAUCAAGCUGGCCUUGGUGGCCCUGAGGGAAGAGCAGGAUUCCCUGAAGGCCAAGAUCGUGGAGUCGCCCGAGGAGCUGAAGAACUACAAGGAGAAGAUGAAGGAGACGGUCCAGAAGCUGAAACUGGCCAAGCAAGGCCUGACGGAGAAGUACGAAGCCUACCGAGACCUGGUGGACAGCCUGCCCGCCUGCCAGCUGGAAGUCCGGUCCUACCAGAAGAAGGUCCAGAGCCUCGCCGCCAACGUGGACAGAGCGGCCGCCAUCCGGGCCGAGAGCCGGGCCCUGGAGGACCAGAUCGAGAGCGGCCAAGUGGAGCUAAAGAACCUGAACACGGAAAGCAGCUCGCUGAAGAGGCUGACCGUGGCCAAGAAGGAGAAGCUCACCACGGCCCAGUUCAAGAUCACCAAGAACCAGGAGGACGCCGAGCUCUACAAGCGCACCGUAUUCGAGGACUGUAACAAAGUGCAGGAGAAACGGGGGGCGGUCUGCGAGCGAGUCACGGCCAUCAACAAUGAGAUCCAGAAGGUGAAGCUCGCCAUCCAGAACCUGCACGACACCACCAAGAGGGAGAAGCUCAAGUCCCAGGAAAUCUUCUCUACCCUGAGAAGCGCCCUAGAGAAAUAUCACGACGCCUUGGAAAAAACAGCCCAGCUGUCUUCGGCCCGGAUGGACGACAAGAUGGCGGAACUGAACGGGAAGAUCUUCCAGAUGUAGACCCGAGGUGGGCCUGACGGGCUUCUUCUCGGGGACCCCCACCCCCCGUUCCCCCCCCAAAGCCAAGAAUCGUCCCGGAGGGACGCAGCGCAGAGGGAGAAGCCGGACGGACGGACGGGGCCGAGGGAAGGGGAGGGUCCCGGGCUCUGUCGCCUUCCGUCCCCAACGUCCGCGGAGGAAACUGAUUCCAAUAAAUUUCUUUUAGAAAA